AUGGCGCUUCAUUCCGCCCAACUCACCCCACUUUGGCGGGUUAUGGGAGGCUGCAGUGCAAUCCUUCAAACGACACCUCAGACGUGUCGUAGCUGGCAACACCUCCAGAAAAUCAAACAGCACUUCUGGCGCCGUUGGCAUCGAGAAUAUCUCAACGAGCUAAACAUUCGGAACAAAUGGAGCAAGGGGAGUCACGGCAUACGAGAAGGCACCAUCGUCAUACUCAGAGAAGACAACGUUCCCCCAAUGCAGUGGCCAUUGGGCAGAGUCAUCAAGGUACAACCCGGCGCAGACGGCAUCAUACGAACGGCCACCGUCCGAACGGCAACGAGCACACUGGAUCGGAGCAUCAAGCGGAUGGUACCACUACCAAGCAGAUCGACACCAGAGGACACCGACGCCAUCAUCAACAGCGAGGAAUUUUGA